AUGUCAGAUCAAGCGAAUCGUCACGUCGUGUACUGUGUCGAACAAAGAAGACACGUCGUCGUCAGUCCGAAUCCGAAUCUGAAUUCUCCGCAGCCGCCUGCGCAACCGUCACAACCACAACAAAUCUACUAUCCGAGCAGGUCUAGAAGAAUGUUCUCGCAGCGUGCAUUUAAUGGAAUCGUCUUCUGCAUUCGCAUUUUCAUCUUUGUAAGUUUUCGAGAUCAUAGAAGGCCGUGGAUUGAAGUAUUUUGGGUCCAGGUUUCAGGCCUUGGACCCAAAAUACUUUCAAGAAAGGAUUCCGAUCGGAAUAUUGCACGUCGCUCAGAGUACCAACCCCAUUUUCUUUCCAGAUUCUGGCAAUAGUCUCCAUGAUUCUGAUCCUCACGGCUCCGGGAGCAUGCUUCUCCAGAUACCUGAACGGACAGUCGAUCAGCCGAGAAAUCUGUCCCGGCCAAAACAGUAUAUUUCCGAUGAACGCAGACCGAUGGAGCAACGCGCUUCACUUCCAAGGAAGGGGUCAAAAGUGAGUGGAAUGCAUGAUGAGAAUCUAAUUUUGUAAUUCAGCGUGUACGGUCAGGUGGCUCUGAUCUGUAUAACGCUCGCGUUCGGCCUGAUCACUGUCGGAGUCAGUUGUGUGACACUGGCCACCGACAACAUUCUCACUUAUGUGGUAUGGCACUGAAUGUCGAGAAAUCACCGGAAUAGGUACAUUUUUUAGCAAAUAUUGAUAUCUGGAAUAUCGUUGGUCGCAUUCGUGGUGAGCGGCGGAGUGGAGACGUGGUACGCCACUGGAUACGAUCACAUGGAGUUCUUUAUUCAGGUAAGCGCAUGUAUCUCAGCUGUGAGAAAUGAUAUCAAAAACUUGUCAACUGAUGAAAUGUACAUAGAAUCCAUUAGAGCAAUUCGUUAGUUGACAACUUUUCGAUAACUAUAAAGGCAGCAGAGAUAUAUAGUCUUUUGUGUUGUAGGCGGUCGGAAACGGUGUCUUCUCCGGUUGCGCCGGAAUUCCGGGAUGUCAAAUCCAGUUCGUCGUCAAAGGAUGGGCGGUGGCAGCGGUUAGUCCCACAUUUCUCCCCAAAUCAUCGACAUUCUGCGAUUCCAGGCCUUUUAUUUCCUCGGCGGACUUCUCUACGUCGUCGACAUGAUUCUGGUGUUCGUCUCGCGUGAAAAGUGACUAUUUCCAACGGUUCCCUUUUCCUUUCUAACCGCCCCUAUCGCUUGCCUCUUCAGUUUGCCUUCUUUGAAUUGAAAACGAGCAACAAAUGAGUGGCAUUUCAGAGAAGUGUCCGAUUCGUACGCGGUUACGACCACACAUUAUUAG